GGGGUCUGAGGGAUAUUCGUGAAAACAAAACCUUUACAAAAGACAACUUGAAUGUUGCAAACUGUAGUUUCAUGUUUAUUUGAAGAUAAGCCACACUUGCCCACGCAAGAAAAACAAUACCGCUCCCACCAAGGAUUGAAGAUUUGGCAUAUGUGAAACUUCCAUUCUUUCAUGCCAUCAAGUGGUCUCACGAGGCAUCUGUAAAGGAGACAUUAUUCUAGGACUUUACCCCCCGCAUAGUUACAGCAUAUCCAAAUUCUGACAUGAUCAUUCCAUGUUUUUCUGCACCUGGAACAGACUGGUAUUUUCUGACCACGAAAUGUUGGUCCGAAUCUGCUUCAUACUUGCCAUCGCUUCUUUCAUUUCACACGGUAAGUAAACACAAGAUGAAAGCUCCUUGAUAAACAUGACUUUUCUUCCUAAGUUCAUUCAUAAUCUUAUAUCUAUUUUCCUACAUUCAAAACAAACUGUAAGAUGAAUGUUAUCCAUCGUUUCUCUGAUUAUAUUACUUUAAAAUUUCAAUAUUACAUUGAACCAUUUGCAGUUAACGUUAUAUAUCGUUAGACCUCAGAAAGAUUAUGUAUUGCCCCUUAACGAUACUUUCAGUGAAAACCUGAAAAGGGGACAGAUAGGGUUAAAUGAUGGUUUGCAAAGUAAACUACUGGAUAUAUUAUUGUUUGUGACUGUAAAGUAAAUACUAAAAGUUGACAUGAUGUAUAGAAAAAACAAGAAAACUUUCAGGGGGUGUUAGCAAUAGUCGAGAACGUCACGGGAAGCUAGCUGGAUAAGUUGUCAUGACGGAGAUCCCUCGAUCAGCAAGCUUUCUUCACACGUUCUCCGAAUGUCUUCUUGCUGAUUUUUCAGGUUCAAGUGCCCAAAACGGAUCAUGUGAAAGUGAGAAAACACCAAAGACAACCAUGUACAUGUUUGUCGGCCGGCCACACUUCAGCAGUCCCUCCUACGGCGAGUGCAAUGCUACGAAACUGGAUAAAACAGGUUUCUCUGGGAAGAGAAACAACUCGACAAACCAAGUAUGUAAAGGCGACCCCUUGGGAUCUGACUACCGCGGAACCGUCUCCGUGACCAGAAGUGGGAAGACCUGUCAGCGGUGGGAUGUCGACUCUCCACAUAGUCGUCGGUACCUGCCAGAGGAGUAUUGUGAGUUGGUGGACAACUACUGCCGCAACCCAGACGGGGAUGAGAACACCAUUUGGUGCUACACAACGGACCCUGGCACUCGUUGGGAGUACUGCAUCCACCCUACCUGCCCUGUUGUCUGCAUGGGUAAUUCUACCGGAUCUGACUACCGCGGAAACGUCUCUGUGACGUUAAGUGGGAGGACAUGUCAGCGAUGGGAUGUCGCCGUUCCGCAUGAGCCCUAUUACAAGCCAGAGGAGUAUCCUGAGUUGAUGGAGAACUACUGCCGCAACCCAGACGAGUAUGAGCCCGGAAUAUGGUGCUACACAACGGACCCCGACAUCCGCUGGGAGCACUGCUUUAACCCUGCAUGUCACUGAGGUCCUAUCACUGAGGCCAUGCUGUCCGCCAACAGAGGCCUUCAGACAUCGGAAGACGGACCCACUUGCCGACCAACUCUGACAAGAUUAUCAAGACUAGAAGUAUUUAAAAUAGGCACCAUUGUAAGAUGGUCUCUAAGAUGUAAGGAAAGUUACAUAACGUCUUCAAAUGUAUCGUUACGUCUAAAAUACGUAUACGUCUUUACAUCUUUCCAAAACUAUUGCGUACACGUCAGGUGUUAUAUGCACACCGACUCUCUUGGGAUGGAGUGCAAGUAGAAAUGUAGGGACGUCCGGACAUGCAAUUUCUGGCCAUCAUCAAAAAGGUGCAACCAAAGUGUAAUGUAAAGUUAUAACCACAAUGGUGGAACUCCGUAAACAAAGGAGUACUAAAGUACAUGUAUGUGUUGUAUUACUUGAUGUUGCCGUUGAAGAUUUGUCACUUGGUGAAUAUGAUAUUGAGAUGUUUAUCUAUUAUAGUGAACCAACCACUAGAUUGUCAAGAUUAGUGGUGAAAUAUUCAACAAUAGGCAGUAAUUGGUUUACGUAUGUUUGAGGGCGUAGUGUAAGUUUAGUCAGAGUGAAUGUGAUAGUAGUCAAAAACACGAUGACGCGUUCACCUCUUAUGCACCAUUCUUCGAAGUUUAUUUGGUUUGCUUAUUGUUAUUACAUGUAAAAUAUAAAUCUCGUACAAAGUUAAAGCAAAUGAAAGUGAAUGAAAAUCGAAAGUCAGAAAGAUACAUGAUGAUUUUGAAUAUGCUAUGAUGUAAUUCCACAUUUAUCAAAACAAUUUGAAACAAGAUAUGACGUCAAAAACAAAACAUAUUUCUCAGCGAUGCAUAAAUAUGCUGUUGAUAAUCAACCGACGUGACGGCGAGGAAUCCUAGCUGUUGACAUUAUUACUGCAGGUCGACAGUGCGUGAACGUUAUAUCACUGCUGCAGUACUGAAACAGGUGGAUAGGCGGGCCGCUUUUGGUCCAUUCAACAGAAGCUGGCUUCUCCUCAUAACGUGAGCACCUCCCACCAUUCCCCGACGCUCAUUGGUCCAAAGAGCAGUAUCGAUACUCGUAGGGAUCGAUUUAAUGUAUGAGUUAACUUUAUCUAUCAAUCUGGAAGAACAAAACUAGUCACUUAACCAACAGGAAUUAGAUGUAGUUGUGGGCAUAGUUUGCAUGAGGCAAUGUCACUUCUUCGUGAAGAAGGAUAAAACUUAAAACAUGUACUUACAACACAAUGUAGUUUGGAAAGUGAUCAUAAUAAAGUCAAUCGUUUGUGCCAA